AUGACUGCUCCUAUUGCCGCUGCUUCCUCCCAGAACGUCACUCUCCCCGCUAUCCCUGAGCUGACGAAUCCCAACUUCCUUGACGUUCUCCUUCCUGUUUCUGAGGAUGCCACUAGUCCUAUUGUAAUCUCUGAAAAUCCUCCAGCAGAUUCUAAUGCUAUGAUGGAUGUGCUCCAUUCCACUGCUCACCACAAGCUCACUGAAAAUGAUUCGCCUGCCUUCAGCUCCACUCUUUCGGCCACACUCGAUGCAUUCAAUGGCAUACAUCCUGAGGUAUCUCGGUCCGCCAUUGAUGACUAUCUUCUCAAGGCCUGGGCUGAGGACCCGGCUCUCACCCUCCGAAUCAUCUGGUCUCUCAGGAGCAUCCAUGAUGGGAAGGGCGAAAAGGAGCUCUUUUACAUGGCAUUUGGCUGGCUCUUCGAAAACCACCCUCGCACCGCUCUUUCCGACCUCCAUCUCCUUGUAGAGCCUGUCUGUACUCGUGUCUGUCCUGUCAAAGGCAAAGAUACCAAGAAGCGCGUGAACAUGCCUCAUGGGUACUGGAAGGACCUGCUUAACAUCCUCGCCCUGGCUACUGUUGACGAGCUUUAUCCUGCCCCUGAACACUUCAGUUUCCUUCAUAAUCAUACACCUCGCAACUCUCGCCCUAAAUUCAAGUCUAAUGCCGAGCAGGAAGCGUGGUCGAGGGAAAAACAUGUUCAGGCCAAUGGUGCGAACCAUGCACGAAUUGUGGAGAAGCUAAAGCAGCCAAAGUAUCGUGCUCUGUAUGUCGCUGUUUCCAGGCUAUUUGCAGAUCGGCUUGUCAAAGACGUCUUGAUUCUUGAUGAGCUAGCCUCCCUUCCAGCAGAUGCAAAUCAGAAGGACCACAUAUCUCUCAUAUUUUCGCUCUCCCUAGCCACAAAAUGGGCGCCAUCUCCCAGGGGUUCGCACGAUAGGGUCACGAACAUAACCUCCGCUAUCUGCAUCCUCCUGCACCACGCUCAAAUCACAUCUUCCCUCGUGUACAAAAUCCCUGUCACACUCUCCCUUAGUGCCCUGGAGUUGCAUGUCUUGCGUUCUUUCCUCCGCCGUCACAUUCUUUCACCUUCCCGUCAUCUCAAGUCCCUCCCUGAGCCCCUCAUGUCCGCCAAUCGCUGGUCCGAAAUCGUCUACUCCCGUAUUUCAUCCGUCUGCAUGGACAUCAAUAAGGAACACUUCUUUAAUCAUGAUCCCGACCGUUUUGUUUAUUACCUGACAGAUGUGGAGUCAGGAAAGAAGCAGAUCAGUGGUGCAACGCUCCUCCCGCACAAGUUUGUCAUGCAGUCUGCGGAGUACAUGUAUCCUUUGUCAGUUUCAAGCAAGCCAUCCCUGGGAAUUGCCAUCCAGGAGCACAAGCGUAAGCUUGCGGAGACACAAGUGCAUGUGGUGGAGGCACAGUGGGCGACGCUCCUCGAGCGUCUGCGCGAGGCUGGUGGACUAGACAAUUGCAUUGCCAUCUGUGAUGUCUCGGGGUCCAUGGGCAGUGUCAAUUAUUCCCAUAGCGAAUCAUGCUGGUCCUCCGUACCUCCCAUCUGGCCUGCUAUCUCCCUUAGCCUGAUCUUGGCGCGUCUAGCGAAGCCGCCUUUCAAGGACGCGUCCAUCACUUUUUCCGCGAAUCCACAGAUGAUCGUACUUGACCCUGAAGGCACUAUUUCACUCGGUGAGACGGUGAUGAAAAUGUCGCGUUCCAACUGGACCCUGAACACUAACUUCAACGCCGUCUUCCUCGACCUCCUUCUCCCGCUUGCCCAGAAGUACGCUGUACCUCAGAACCAGAUGAUUCAGCGGAUCUUCGUGUUCACGGAUAUGCAAUUCGACUCGUCGCAAGGAACUCUGGAGGGUGCACCGAAUGCGGCGGAAUGGGAUACGAAUCAUGAUGUGAUCGAGAAGGCGUACAAGGAGGCAGGGUAUGAGAUGGCGGAGAUAAUGUACUGGGAUCUGUCCACCGCGGAUCGUUAUCCAGGUGUCACUGCUCCUGUGACCGGCGAGCGGAAGGGUGUUGCGCUGCUGAGCGGGUACUCGCCGUCGCUGUUGAAGGUGUUCAUGGGUGGGAAUCUUGAAGAAGAGGAGUGGGAGGAAGUGGUUCAGGACGGGGAGGAAGUGACUCAAGUAAAGGUGAGGAGAACGUUCACUCCUGUGGAGUUCAUGAUGAUGGCGUUGGGAAGGAAGAGUUUCAAUGGGCUUGUUGUCGUUGAUUGA